CAGGCGCCGGGGCGGGACAUGGAGGGCGGGGGCCGAGAAGGUGCUUUCUCCCCCGCCCCAGGGCACACGUCAAGGGAGGCGGCGGGCGGCCGGCAGGGCCCGUGUUGGAUCGAUGACUCGGCCGGCGGGCACGGUCACCUGGGUGAGGGGCAGCGGAGGGGACGGCGGAGCACCGAUCUCACAGAUGGGCUCCAGCGGGCUUGCGGGAGGGGGGCGCCAGUGUUCGGAAACGUUUUGGCGGCUACGGCGUAUUGGCCGGAGCUGCGGUGCUCGCACUCGCCUCGCCGACAGCCAUUUCACAUCAAACAGAGAAGGCUGGGGCAGCCGCGGAGACGGUUUUUCACUAGAAAUUAUUUUAAUAGAGAUGAGGUUUCUCACUAUAUUGCCUAUGUCUCAGAUUUCUGGGCUCAAGUGAUCCUCCUGCCUCUGCCUCCCAAAGUGCUGAGAUAAUAGGUGUGAGCCACUAUGCCCUGCUAAAUUAUUCUUUUUGAGACAGGGUCUCACUCAGUCUCCCAGGGUGGGGUGCAGUGACCCAAUCUCAGCUCAUUGCAGUCUUGACUUCCUGGGCUAAAGCAAUCCUUCCACCUCAGCCUCCUGAGUAGCUGGGACUUCAGACAUGCAUCUCUACACCCAGCUAAUUUUCAUAUUUUUUUGAGAGACUGGGUUUCACUAUGUUCCCCAAACUGGUCUUGUACUCCUGAGCUCAAGCCAUCCACCUGCCUUGGCCUCCCAAAGUACUGGGAUUAAAGGUGUGAGCCAUAAUGGCUCCUGGCCUCAAGCUAAAUUAUUCUUUGUGUCAUCCCUUUUCUUUCCUUCACUCUUAGAUAACUUAAUUUUCUUAAUUACUGUAGGGCCAAAUGUCUGAAUCAUUUAGUCCACUGGUCCUCAACCAGGGAUAAUUUUGCCCCCCAGGGCAAAAUUAUUUGGCAAUAGAUAUUUGGCAGGAUAUCUGGUGGCAUUUUUUAUUAUCACAUCUUACAAUGCAGAGGGCAGCCCCUGCAACACAAAGAAUUAUCUGGUCCAAAGUGUCAAUAGUGCAGGUAUUGAAAAACCCUGGCAUAGUUUAAAGUAUAUUUUUACCCAGCCCUUCACCCAGUCUCUUGCCUUUAUGAAAUCAUGAUGGAAAAGAGACUCAUUCCCUUUCAGAGGGAUUUGGAAGCCCUAAGUAAAUAUGGCAAACUUUGGAGGCAAUUGCUGUCAACCAUACAAAGUCCCAAAAGGCUUUAUGCAGGUUUCCCCAAUUUCUCCAUAACACCUGCCUGGGUACAAGGUAGGCACAUAAAUAUUUAUUGCCUAUAUGAUUAACAAUAAAAUAUUUCUUGGCCAAAAGGAAUAUUUUAUUUCUUUUAUUUUUCUCUCUUUAAACCAAAGGAAAGUCAGAUUUACCAUGUGGUGAGAGGUGAAUUUCCUGAACAGAGAUCUUUAUUCUUUUUACCCAAUUAAUUUACUUAGUUACUCAGAGAAGCAAAACUUUCUGAAACAACUCUCCGACUUCUGUAAAUUAGCAAUAAUAGUCUUCAGGGAGGGACCAAUGAGCCUAUAAAUUAAAGAUGAUAUUUGAGGAACAAAAAAUAAAAGAAACUCUUAGAAUAGUGCAAUAUUAAAACUGAUACCUGAGUUCUCCAGGACCCUCAUUUAAAUUAUAUAACUAGAAUUGAUAUUGGAGCAUUUCCAAUGGAUAAUAUUAUAGAUAGAUAGGAGGAGACCAAACACACAGAGUAAGGAUAGAUAAAAUUCCCAAUUUAAAUAAUUAAGAUUCAAAGUCUCAGAAGCAAGGUAUCUAUUUGGACCCACGUAUCUCAGGGUAGUUUCCCCUGGCCCCAAAGUUCCCACAGCAUUUUUAUAUUCACAGUGUAAAUCACAUUCCAGAAAAACUUCCACUAAAAAGCUCUUUACUAAGACUAGGCAGGGUGGCUCAUGCCUGUAAUCCCAGCACUGUGGAAGACCAAGGUGAAAGAAUUGCUUGAGCCCAGAAGUUUGAGACCAGCUUGGGCAACAUAGUGAAACCUUGUCUCCCAAAACAGUAAAAAUUAGCCAGGUGUGGUGAUGUAUGCCUGUAGUCCCACCUAUGCAGGAGGCUGAGGCAGGAGGAUUGCUGGAGCCUAAGAGGUUGAGGCUGCAGUGAGCCGUGAUCACCACUGCGCUCUAGCCUGGGUCACAGAGCAAGACCCUGUCUGAAAAAAGCAAACACACACACACACACACAAACUUCGUUAUUGACAAUGGAUUCUCCUAGAUUUCGCUUUAUUUUACAUCCUCAUUCCAGAGGCUAGAAAAGGCUAUUUAUUCUCAGGUGUGUAAAUAUACGUAAGUCCUUAUAUUUCUUCAUUUUCUCAAAAAAAAAAUGUAUUUUUCCAAUUUUAAAAAUUUUAAAUACAUAGUAUGGAAAGUAUGAAAGACAAUAGAGAAAAAUAUAGAACAUUCA